AUGAACCCAGUGGUUUUGUUGGCAUAUUUAGCCAUUGUUGGCAUUAAUAUCGCUCAGGGUCUCAAUGCUCACUACAAAACAGACGCCGCACUUAUGCGGGAAUGGGAGGCAUUCAAGACUAAACAUGGAAAAAGCUACCAAAAUGAGCAUGAUGAGAAUAACCGACUAAACAUAUUCGUGGAGAAUAAGCGCAUAGUUGAUGAACACAAUGCUCGGGCACAAAAUGGUUUGGUUGGCUAUACUCUGGGCAUCAAUAAGUACAGUGACUUAUCCGCCGAUGAAUUCAACAAACAAAUGAAUGGCUUAAUCGUACCGAAAGGGCCCCUCAAUGGCACCCGAUAUGCCGUACCACACGGUGCUGUUGUUGGCAGUGAAGUUGAUUGGCGCCCACAUGGCCUGGUCACACCUGUUAAGGAUCAGGGUGAAUGCGGUAGCUGUUGGGCAUUUUCAACGACGGGUGCUCUGGAGGGACAGCAUUUCAAGAAAAGCGGACAAUUGGUAUCCCUAUCCGAGCAGAAUCUAGUCGAUUGUGAUCGCUUAUAUAACAAGGGAUGUAAUGGUGGACUACCUAUCUAUGCUUAUGUGUACAUUCAACUUAAUGGUGGAAUCGAUCAGGAAUUAGCCUAUCCUUAUGAGGAACAGGAUAGCGUUUGUCGGUUCAGUCGGGCGGCUGUGGGCGCACAGGUAACCGGUGCCGGUAUCGUACAGGAGGGCGAUGAGGAGCUACUCAAGGCGGCGGUGGCAACGGUGGGGCCAAUAUCGGUGGGCAUAAACGCUAACUAUUUGAAACAGUACGAGGGAGGGGUGUUUGACUUCCCCCUGUGCACGGCUGAUGAGAUCAAUCACGCGGUACUGGUGGUGGGCUACGGCACCGCACCCACCGGUCAGGAGUACUGGCUCGUGAAGAACUCGUGGGGCACUGAAUGGGGUAUAGAUGGCUAUGUUAUGAUGGCACGUAAUAAGGACAACCAGUGCGGUAUAGCAUCCAUGGCUACGUACCCGGUUGUUUAA